AUGAGGAAAACUCUCCUAGAAGAUAAGCUUCCACAUAUAUUCGGGUUCACGCUCCUGGGAGAUUACAUCUACUGGACUGACUGGCAGAGACGAAGCAUUGAAAGAGUUCACAAGAUAAAGGCGAGCAGAGACAUCAUCAUUGAUCAGCUGCCAGAUUUGAUGGGCCUUAAAGCAACCAGUGUUACCAAAGCGUUUGGAAAUAAUUCAUGUGCAGAGAACAACGGAGGCUGCAGCCAUCUGUGUUUCUUUACGCCCCAGGAGACCAGGUGUGCCUGUCCCAUUGGCCUUGAGCUGCUGAGUGACAUGAAGACUUGCAUCAUUCCUGAAGCCUUCUUAGUUUUCACAAGCAGAGCAGCAAUUCAUAGGAUUUCCCUUGAAACUAAUAAUAAUGAUGUUGCUAUUCCUCUCACUGGAGUCAAGGAAGCAUCUGCUCUGGAUUUUGAUGUCUCUGAUAACAGAAUCUAUUGGACUGAUGUUAGUUUGAAGACCAUAAGCCGAGCUUUCAUGAAUGGGAGCUCUGUCGAACACGUGAUUGAGUUUGGGCUGGAUUAUCCCGAGGGAAUGGCUGUAGACUGGAUGGGAAAGAACCUCUACUGGGCAGAUACUGGCACCAACCGCAUUGAAGUAGCCCGCCUGGAUGGACAGUAUAGGCAGGUCCUUGUGUGGAAGGACUUGGACAACCCAAGGUCUCUGGCUCUUGAUCCUACCAAAGGAUACAUGUACUGGACCGAAUGGGGAGGUAAACCGAGGAUUGUUCGCGCGUAUAUGGAUGGCACAAACAGCAUUACCUUGGUGGAUAAAGUGGGUCGUGCCAAUGACCUCACUAUUGAUUAUGCAGACCAAAGGUUAUAUUGGACUGACUUAGACACAAGCAUGAUUGAGUCAUCAAAUAUGCUGGGACAAGAACGCGAAAUCAUAGCAGAUGAUCUACCUCACCCAUUCGGAUUAACCCAAUACAGUGACUACAUCUACUGGACAGACUGGAACCUUCACAGCAUAGAAAGAGCAGACAAGACCAGUGGGAAGAACAGGACACUUAUUCAGGACCAUCUGGAUUUUGUGAUGGAUAUACUGGUCUUCCAUUCUUCACGUCAGGAUGGCUUGAAUGAUUGCGUGCAAAAUAAUGGCCAUUGUGGUCACUUGUGCCUUGCCAUCCCAAAUGGAUUCAGGUGUGGCUGUGCGGCUCAUUAUACCUUGGAUCCCAACAGCAGGAACUGCAGCU